AUGAAUCACACUGAAACUACAGCACAACUGGGAUUUCUCAAAAGGGCAGCAGUGAUCCUGAACCACGAGAGCCCAUCAACAGCAGCACAUCUUGUCACUGUCCAUCGCAGCAUUCUUCAUGAGAAACUAUUACCAUUAACUUUGACCCAGAAGAAAGAACAUUGUCCUUGCUGUGGCACUAUCCGGUCCCCGGCACUGACAUGUACACUGUCCACAAAAUCAGACUCUCAGAAAUGCAGGAAGCGCAGGAAACCCCAGUCUGCCAGCGCGCGCGAGGACUCAAAGGUUAUCUACAACUGUUUACGGUGCCAACGACAAACUAUACAACCAUUCAGAAAACAGCCAAGUCGCAAUCUGAAAACGGCGGGCCUCGUCGAAUCAUGGCAAAGCCGGAAUCCAACCAGCGCCGACGCCUUGGGUGCAGUACAGUCCUCAAAACCCAACCCUGCGGGAACGAAGAGCAGUACGGACAAUGCGAAUAGCAAGAAACGCGCCAAAGCCCGCAAACAGCAAGGGUUGCUAGCCACCUUGGCUGCCAGCAAACGCCAGCCAUCACAAAGCUCGCCGUCUUUUGGGCUGCUGGACCUAUUGCAACCCUAA